CAGCUGCCAGACCCCUGCACAGGAGAAUCAGAGAGGACUGGCCACCAUGUACAGCUCCCGAAGUCUCCAGACACCUCUGGUGGCCCUGUUGCUACUGCUCCUGGUCCCCACAGGUCCUGCGGGAGCCCUCAGUGAUGAUGAGAAACGUGUGAUGGUGGAGCUGCACAACCACUACCGUGCCCAGGCUAACCCGCCGGCUGCCAACAUGCUGCAGAUGACCUGGGACGAGGACCUGGCCGCCUUCGCCAAGGCCUAUGCGCAGCAGUGUGUGUGGGGACACAAUAGCCAGCGUGGACGGCGUGGCGAGAACCUGUUCGCCAUCACUGACCAGGGCCUAGAUGUGCCACUGGCGGUGGAGGAAUGGCACCACGAGCGCAAGCAUUACAACCUCAGUAACACCACUUGUGAACCAGACCAGAUGUGUGGCCACUACACACAGGUGGUCUGGGCCAAGACAGAGAGGAUUGGCUGUGGAACCCACUUCUGUGAGAAACUUAAGGGUGUUGAGGUGACUGACAUCCAAUUGCUGGUUUGCAAUUAUGAGCCCCCGGGGAACGUGAAGGGGCAGAAGCCCUAUCAGGAGGGGACUCCGUGCUCCCAGUGUCCCUCUGGAUAUCACUGCAAGAACUCCCUCUGUGAACUCAUCAGAGGCCCAGAAAUUCAGGAUGUGUCUGACCUGGUAACUGAGAUGUCCUCGCCCCUGGCAACAGAGGCCUCAGACUCUAGGAAAACCGGUAUUCCUUCUUCCCUAGCAACGAAAACUCCAUCUUUCUUGGUGACAGGGGCUUCAGGCUCCCAGGCAACAAAGACUCUACCUGCCAUAGAAAACACGGCCCCCGCUUCCCUAGCAACAGAAGAUCCCAACUCCAAGGCCACAGAGACUCCACCUUCCUUAACAGCUGAGGUCCUUUCCUUGUCCUCAACACACAGCCUGCUCUCCUCAGAUGCGGGGCCAGCUUCCUUCCUCAGCACAACCCAUGGCCCCACCCCCCAGCUGGCAGAUGCAGAGGCCAGCAGUAUAAGAAUGCCCUCCAAGAGCCCCAAGAGUCCUCUGCUCCCCAAGAUGUCUUUGAGGGGGACACAGGAGCCACAAAAGCAUUCCCAGGGCAAGUUGGAGGUGAGGACCUCACCUUCCAGUGAGGUCUUGGCCUCAGUUCUUCCAACCCAGGGAGAGGCAGGUGGGCUGCAGGCCACAAUGGACCACCUAGGGAACACCUCUAAUUCCCUGUCCAACUCCCCUGAUGUCUCUGCCACUGCAAAUGCCAAGGGUGGACGUACCCUGGCCCUGCAGUCGUCCUUUCCAGGUGCAGAAGGUCCUGGAAAGUCUGUUUCCUCAUCUGGACUGAACUCGGGUUUGGGUCACAAAUGGGGGCCCCUCCUGGAGCUGCUGAUACUGCUUCCUCUAGUGUUGGCUGGAAUCUUCUGAAGGGGUCACUACUCAAAGGAUUGCCUCCUGCCUUCCCAGGGUGAAGAGAUCAGCCGCUUCCUGCUGUCACCCCAUCCUGUCUCCAGUGCCCCAGAUGAGAUGCUUCUUAGCGAAGACCCUCUGGAAGGGAAAAACUACAGGG